AUGUCAGACCCAACGAAUUAUACCGUGGGCUGGAUUUGCGCCUUACCCGUGGAAUACAUUGCCGCGCAAGAACUUCUCGACGAAGAGCAUGAAAAACCGAACUUUGUGUCGCCAAAUGAUUCCAACGACUAUACCUUAGGGAAAAUGGGUGAACACAACAUUGUUAUCGCUGUCUUACCGGAUGGCGAAUAUGGAACGGCUUCCGCCGCCAAUGUUGCAACAAAUAUGCUGAACAGUUUCCACAACGUCAAGAUUGGCCUCAUGGUCGGCAUCGGUGGAGGUGUACCAAGCGAACGCCAUGACAUUCGCUUAGGUGAUAUUGUCGUUAGCGCACCUCGUGGUGGUGAAGGUGGUGUGUUUCAAUACGAUUUUGGCAAGUCGGUCCAGGGUCAAAGUUUUCAGCAUACGCGGUUCCUGAAUCAGCCACCAACUAUGUUGCGCACUGCAAUGACGGGAAUUCGGGCCCAGUACGAGAGAAAAGGGCAUCAGCUUGAGGAAUCUAUUCAAACUAUCCUUGAAAAUAACCCGAGACUACGCCGAAGGUAUAAGCGGCCAGAACUAAGCACCGAUCGGUUGUUUCGGCCCGAAGUUAUCCAUAGCCCUGGAGACUGUGCUAUAUGUGCGGAUGAUCCGUCGAAGCUAGUGCUACGACAUGAGCGAGCCGAAGAUGAAGACAACCCUGCUAUUCACUAUGGGCUAGUCGCUUCUGGUAAUGGAUUGUUGAGAGAUGCUCUGCUUCGAGAUAGACUUGCCGCGGAAAAAGACGUUCUCUGCUUCGAAAUGGAAGCCGCUGGGCUGAUGAAUUCCUUUCCCUGCCUUGUUAUCCGGGGCAUCUGCGACUACUCGGAUUCGCAUAAGAACAAGGGAUGGCAAGGGUAUGCAGCGAUGGUAGCUGCUGCGUACACGAAAGACCUUCUACAAAGGAUCCCUCUUAACGAAGUUGAGGCGGAGAAGAGGAUCAGUGUCAUUUUGUCUGACAAGCUAGAUGGCACCAACUUGCGCUUAGAUCGACUGCACGAUCAAAAGGAACAGCACCAUUACGAAGGUCUGAACCAAGCACUCACAGAUAAGCAGCAUCUUUGCCAUCAAGUUUUCAAAGUCGCAAACUACACUGAACAAAAGAACAUCAAUCCAAGACGAGCAGAAGGGACCUGCCAAUGGGUUCUACAGAGCCCUCAAUAUAUCCGUUGGUCGGAAAGCAACUGCAAUGAGCUCAUCUGGUUCGCGAUGCAACCGUGGGAGAAUAAUGGAGAGGCGCUUCGAAAGGACGUGAAUGAAUUAUGGCAAAUUCUGAUAACGGCAACCUCAGCUAUAUCAUGCAAAACGAUCUGUGUCUUUGAUGCACUUGAUGAAUGCCGGGACAAUCACCAGGGGCAACUGAUCAGGUACCUCCAGUGUUUUCACCAAGAUGCACAUUUAUCAACACAGAAUACCUAUCUGAAAUUCUUGGUCACCAGCCGCCCUUACGAUCAUAUACAGCAUCACUUUCAAACAAUCACGGAUUUAUUCCCGCAUAUACAUAUCAAGGGGGAAGAAGAAAACGACAGAAUCCACGAUGAAAUCAGUUUAGUAGUGAAAGCUCGAGUGAGGGAACUCUCACUACCUCCUGAUAUUCACCAACGAGUUGAGCAGCAGCUUCUUCAGAUGAAACAUCGUACAUACCUAUGGUUACACCUUGCUAUCGAUGAAAUCCGCACGACCUUUGAGCGCAGCCUUCGGCCAGAACAAAGUUUGAUUACGCUGAUACCGCGUUCUGUCAACGCAGCAUACGAAAAGAUCCUCUCUCGAGCCCCAGCCGAUCAAAUGGAGACAGUCAAGAAGAUUCUAGAGAUCAUUGUCGCGGCACGGCGUCCUCUAACAAUACAAGAAAUGGCUAUGGCCCUGGGCAUUGCCACCUGCCCAGAAGCCCGGACGACAAAACAAGCCGGCCUAGAUGAAUCUCAUUUGGAUAAGAAAAUUCGGCAUUUAUGUGGGCUUUUUGUCUUUACUAAUAACUCCAAAGUAUAUCUCAUUCACCAAACAGCCCGGGAGUUCCUUAUCAAAAGACAAGAUUUGUCAUACUGGAGCAGUCUAAAUGAUUCGGAACGUCAAAUGGGUCGGAUCUGCUUACGAUACCUUUUAAUGGAGGAUCUGGAAGAAGAAGAGGAUCUGGAAGAAGAACAGGAUUCCUCGUCUCAUAUUCAGUGCUUCUUAGCAUACUCAGCAAUUCACUGGGCUGACCAUAUCCGGCAAAUGGCUUUGGAGUCAGACGAAGAAGUGUCCAAUUUACUACAUUGUGUAUAUGGAAUGAGUGAAGAACGCUUCUUACUAUGGUUUCCACUUUUUUGGAAGAGAGUAAGCCCAUAUAAGGAAGAUCCUGGAAUGCAACCGCUACACCUAGCAGCAUUCAAUGGCCAUGUGGAGGAGAUUCGCUUUCUGCUUUCACUCGGAGAAACGGACAUCAAUACCACAGAUGAUUCAUCGACGUCUCCGUUAAGCUGGGCAUCGCUCAAUGGAUAUAGGAACGCCACGCAUAUAUUAUUAGAGAAUGGAGCUGACAUCAACGCCCGGGGUGGAUUUUAUGAAAAUGCACUCCAGGCUGCUUGUUCUCGUGGACAUGGUGGGAUUGCGCAGAUUUUGCUAGAGAACGGAGCCGAUGUCAACGCGCAGGGUGGUAGAUACCAUGGAAAUGCGCUCCAGAUUGCUUGUCUUCGAGGACACGAUAGUCUCGCACCGAUGCUGCUAGAAAAUGGAGCCGAUGUCAACGCCUGGGGUGGAGAAUAUGGUCAUGCGCUCCAGGCCGCUUGUCUUCGAGGGAAUGAUAAUAUCGCGCGGGUACUUCUAGAAAAUGGAGCCGAUGUCAACGCCUGGGGUGGACAUUAUGGAAAUGCACUCCAGGCUGCUUGUUCUAAUGGACACGAUGAGAUCGUGCAGAUGCUUCUAGAAAAGGGCGCCAAAGUCAACGCCUGGGGUGGACAAUAUGGUAAUGCGCUCCAGGCCGCUUGUCUUCGAGGGCAUGAUAAUAUCGCGCGGGUACUUCUAGAAAAUGGAGCCGAUGUCAACGCCUGGGGUGGAUAUUAUGGAAAUGCACUCCAGGCUGCUUGUUCUCAAGGACACGAUGAGAUCGUGCAGAUGCUUCGAGAAAAGGGCGCCAAAGUCAACGCCUGGGGUGGACAAUAUGGUAAUGCGCUCCAGGCCGCUUGUCUUCGAGGGCAUGAUAAUAUCGCGCGGGUACUGCUAGAUAAUGGAGCUGACGUCAACGCCCAGGGUGGAGAAUAUGGAAAUGCACUCCAGGCUGCUUGCCGUGAAGGACACGAUACGCUCGUGCAUAUGCUUCUGGGGAAUGGAGCCGAUGUCAACGCCCGGGAUGGACAUUAUAGAAAUGCGCUCCAGGCCGCUUGUCUUCAAGGGCAUGAUAAUAUCGCGCGGGUACUGCUAGAAAAUGGAGCUGACGUCAACGCCCAGGGUUUAGAAGAUGGAGAUGCACUCCAGGCCGCUUGUCUUCGAGGGCAUGAUAAUAUCGCGCGGGUACUUCUAGAAUAUGGAGCCGAUGUCAACGCCCAGGGUGGAUAUUAUGGAAAUGCACUGCAGGCUGCUUGUUCUAAAGGACUCGAUGAGAUCGUGCAGAUGCUUCUAGAAAAGGGCGCCAAAGUCAACGCCAAGGGUGGAAUACACGGAACUGCUCUCGAGGCUGCUCGUUACUUCCAUCGCGACAAGAUCGCGCAAAUGCUGCUAGAGAACGGUACCGAAUUACUGGACAUCGUGCCUCCUCCUCCCAAAAGGCUAUAA